GGGCGGGGGCAGAACGCCUCCGGCCGCGGGUUGGGCCCAGUGUCAGCAGCCGAGCAGACGCUCGGGCGGGACAUGGCGGGCUGUGUGGCCCGGCGAGCCCUGGCGGUGGGCAGCCGCUGGUGGUCCCGCUCGCUAACCGGGGCCCGAGGGCCGAGGCCGCUCUGUUCGGCAGGUGGAGCUGGGGCCUUCCCACCAGCGGCGACCACGACAACGCGGAGGCACCUCUCGUCCCGGAACCGACCAGAGGGCAAAGUUUUGGAGACGGUUGGUGUAUUUGAGGUGCCAAAACAGAACGGAAAAUACGAGACUGGGCAGCUCUUCCUUCAUAGUGUUUUUGGCUACCGAGGUGUUGUCCUGUUUCCCUGGCAGGCCAGACUGUAUGACCGGGAUGUGGCUUCUACAGCUCCAGAAAAAGCAGAGAAUCCUGCAGGCCAUGGCUCUAAGGAGGUGAAAGGCAAAACUCACACUUACUAUCAGGUGCUGAUUGAUGCCCGAGACUGUCCACAUAUAUCUCAGAGAUCUCAGACAGAAGCUGUGACUUUCUUGGCUAACCAUGAUGAUAGCCGGGCCCUCUAUGCCAUCCCAGGCCUGGACUAUGUCAGCCAUGAAGACAUCCUCCCCUAUACCUCCACAGAUCAGGUUCCCAUCCAGCAUGAGCUGUUUGAAAGAUUUCUUCUGUACGACCAGACAAAAGCACCUCCUUUUGUGGCCCGGGAGACGCUUCGGGCCUGGCAAGAGAAGAAUCACCCCUGGCUGGAGCUCUCUGAUGUCCACCGGGAAACAACUGAGAACAUCCGUGUCACCGUCAUCCCCUUCUACAUGGGCAUGAGGGAAGCCCAGAAUUCCCAUGUCUACUGGUGGCGCUACUGUAUCCGCUUAGAGAACCUCGACAGUGACGUGGUGCAGCUCCGGGAGCGACACUGGAGGAUAUUCAGUUUAUCUGGCACCUUGGAGACAGUGCGAGGCCGAGGCGUGGUGGGAAGGGAACCCGUGUUAUCCAAGGAGCAGCCUGCAUUCCAGUACAGCAGCCACGUCUCCUUGCAAGCUUCCAGCGGGCACAUGUGGGGCACGUUCCGCUUCGAGAGGCCUGAUGGCUCCCACUUUGAUGUCCGGAUCCCUCCCUUCUCCCUGGAAAGCAAUAAAGAUGAGAAGACACCACCAUCAGGCCUUCACUGGUAGGCCAGCUGAGGCCCGAGUGCCUAGGCCUGGCCUCUGAACAGCUCUCCUCCCACAACUGCUGCAGAACUCUCUUUCCACCAGGGGCCACAGUGGGUCUCUUCUAUUGUUUGUACCGUUUGGUUGUGGGGUUCUUUUUCAGCGGGUGGGUGUAAUCGUUUUCUCCAGAAGACCUGUGUAGGACUCCUCCAAGGCUGGCCUCCCCCGUAAGCCCUGACUACACUGUGUUCCAGUAAACCUUUCCACCAGGAAUUCUGUGUUCAGCUGCCACAGGCCUGGGUUUCCUGGCCUAUUCCACAAGUUGUUUGGAAUAUGAGGUUUGGUCAAUAAACCAGUGCACACUUGGC